AUGUUUAGGCCAUUGAAGUAUUAGAUCAAUCAAAAUAAUUAAAUCCCAAUAACUAUUCAUCUUUGUGGUGUAAAAGUAAAAACUAUAAAUAAUUAAUAGGAGUAUGUUUAAGAUUCUUAAAUAAAUGAGAAGAUGCAAUUACUUAGUUGGACAAAGCAUUAAUUAUAAACCGUCAGCAUGUUGAAUCCUUAAUGAGAAAGGUAGAUUGAAUAAUGAUUAAAUUAAUAGGUGCAUGUUUAAAAGUUAAUUAUUAAUUACAAACAGGGAGGUUGAAAUUUAAUAGGGACAAAUAUUAGAGAAUGUACAAAAUGGAUUUUUGAAUAAAAUAGCAAUAAGUUAAAGAAAGUUUACAUUUAUAUAUGAAGUUAACAGAUUAACCUUUUUAAAGAGAAUGAAUUUAUUUGGGUAACUGGUUAUAAAGAAAUAGAUAAACAUUUGUUUUUGAGUUAAAAGAAGGAGUCUUUUAGAAAAAUGAGGAGAAGACAAUUUAAUUAAUUAAAAAUUAGAAUCCUCAUGAAUAUCGUUUAUCAUUAAUUUAUGAUUAAGAGAAGAAUAUGAUAGUGUUAAGGCAGAAAACAUAUAUUUAUAUCAUUAAGAUGAAUGAUGGAAAAUUCAAAAUAGUUGAUUAUUUGAAUUGUGACAGUUACCAAAUUUAUGGGAAUAUUAAAAAUAAUGGAAAAUAUUUAAUCUAUUGA